CUAGUGAGCUUGGUCACUCGACACCUGUUUGAUCCCGGCUAUCUUGAUCCGUCGCUUGCGCAACAAAAAACACACAUACCUGAUGCGGUCCGCCCAGCAGACCCUCGCCCUCUAGUAUUCGCCUUUACACAAUGGCUGGCUGGAGCAGAUUUUUUCGCCCAGCAGAAAGACAGGACGACAUUCCCCCGUCUUUGACGACUGAUAAUGAAAAGAACAACACUAUUGAUGUCACCGUCCAGGAAUCGAGCGCCACGGUACCAGAUGGGACCGGGGCGGCUAAAAUUCAGGCCGCCGAAGCCGUGAGCGGGCGUAAAGGCAGGUAUUUGCUGUAUGCGGGACUAGCGAUGAUGAUGGUCAUAUAUGAGCUAGACAACUCGACCGUGGGAACUUACCGCAACUUUGCGACUUCUGAAUUCGAUGCACUUGCUGAGCUAGCCACUUUGAACACCGCAGCAAGCAUUAUAUCCGCCAUCACCAAGCCUCCGAUCGCUAAAGUUUCCGAUGUCCUCGGGCGCGGUGAAGCCUAUAUAUUCGCCGUGACCUGUUACGUGGUUUCUUACAUCCUCUGUGCCUCUGCCAAGACUUUCAACACCUACGCAGGUGGUUAUGUCCUCUACUCUAUAGGACAAGCCGGUACAUCCUUUCUCAAUGCUACCAUCGUUUCGGAUUUAUCAUCGAUGCGUUGGAGGGGGUUCGCCUACAAUGUCCUCUAUGUCCCGUUUCUCAUCAUACCUUGGGUCUCCGCCUUUAUUGUCCAGAGCGUCGUUGAUGGUAUCGGCUGGCGUUGGGGUAUCGGCAUGUUUGCCAUUUUGAUGCCUUUCGGUGCCAGCUUCAUUAUCACAACCCUUCUUGUAUUCCAGCAACGGGCGAAGCGGUCAGGUCUCGUACUAAACGAACAGCUCAAUAUAUAUGAUUUCUGCUCCCGCAUCGAUCUGGGUGGUCUUCUCAUCCUGAGCGGCGGUUUUGCUCUAAUCCUCCUUCCCAUCACGCUAGCUGCGACCUCUACUAGCCGAUGGAAGACUCCUUGGGUCGAUGCUCUAAUUGCGGUAGGUGUGGUGAUUUUGGCCUGCCUUUACCCAUAUGAAAAAUACGUUGCCCGGCAUCCCGUGGUUCCUGUGCGCUACUUUCGCAGUCUUUCAGUUAUGAUCCCGGUGGUUCUGGUAUGCAUCGACAACAUCAGCUUUGGCGCCACACAUACGUAUUUGUAUGUCUGGUCUGAGGUGUCUCACAACUUCUCGGCGCGCAACGCCCAGUUUCUCUACUAUACAAAUGGCAUCAUGCAAGCACUGGUAGGCAUGGGCACUGGUUUGCUGAUGUACCGUCUACGAACCUAUAAGUGGAUCGGGGUCUUCGGGGCAAUUGUUCGGAUGGUUGGAUACGGGGUGAUGGUUCGCCUCCGCACCAACAAGAGCUCUGUGGCCGAGCUUUUUAUUGUGCAGCUAGUCCAAGGGGUUGGAAGCGGUAUAAUCGAGACGGUCGGCAUUGUGGCAGCCCAGAUCUCAGUGUCGCAUGCUGAGCUGGCCCAGGUCACGUCGUUGGUCAUGCUGGCCGCGUACCUGGGCAACGGAAUCGGUUCUGCGAUUGCAGGGGGUAUCUAUUCCGGGCAGUUACGUCAACAGCUGCGGUCGCAUCUGGGGUCUGGUGUCAGCAAGGCCACGGUGGAUAGGCUGUACAAUUCGAUUACCGGCACGCUGCCAGCCUGGGGUUCAGCGGAGCGAACAGCGAUUGACAGAGCCUAUUCGGAUGUUAUGGGGUCUAUUACCAUUGCCGCCCUGGCAUUUUCGGCACCGGUAGUGAUUCUGUCGCUGUUUCUGCCAAACAAAAAACUUGGGGACGGGCAUAAUCGGGUUCAAGGCCAACAACCUCCUGUUCGCUCUGAAUCAACGCUGGUGGAUGAGAGAAAUGGACGUGGAGGGUCCGAGGCCCUUCCAAUCGAGACUUGAAGGAAGGUGUAUCGACAUGAUUAUACAUUAAGACUUCUAUAUACCAUCGCCCACUU